GUCAGAAUAAACUAUUCAUUAUUUCACCAGUUAUACGAAGAUCGGAAACUUUUCCAAAGUCUUACUCUGAAGCAUAAUUACUGUAAACGCUACUGCUUAUAUUUGAAACAUUCACCACGCUAGAUCAUCAGUAGUUAACAAUCUUCUACAAACGGACAAUGAAUUCAACUACUGAUGAUAAAACUAUUCUUACUGAAAUUAAUGAAAGUCCUAUAACUGAGUCUAAUCCACCAACCACUUCUUCAUGUCACAACUCUUUCAUUAAUUCAUCAUCUUCACCAUCGUCUUCCUGUGCUACAGAUUUAUGUGCUUGGUGUCAAAAACCAAAUCUUCAAACUUAUAAAUAUAGUUCAUUUUAUCAGUCUGUUAGUCUAAACAAUACUAAAUAUAAAAUAAAACCUGUUCCAGUUUGUUGUUCACAAAUAUGUUUUGAUAAUUUACGUCGUGCUUAUUUCAAAAAUCGUCGCCAUCAAUUAAACAAUCAAUUAAUAAAUGAAAUACCUGCUAUGGUAAUUUCUGGUCGAUUGCCAUAUACAUCAGAUUCGGAUAAAGAAAAAACCGAUGGUAAAAGACAAUCAAAUUUAUCUUAUCAUUCAAAUACGAGUUGCAGCCCACCAGUUACCAUUUCUAAUACUACUACUACUAAUAAUAAAUUAUCAUCAAAGAAACGAUUACAUAAUCAAUAUUCUGAGCAACAGCAUCAUCUAUCACAGGAUACUUUUCUUAAAUCUUCUACAAAUAAUUCUCAAUUUCAACAGAAAUCUUUAAAUGAAAAGUCAAAUUAUGAUUUAUUUUCAAAUUUCCAACUAUAUUCACAAUUAUACAACUACAUAAAGAAAAAUAAUAUUGAAAUGUCUAUUCCAUUAUAUGAUUAUAUUAUACAACGUCUUGAUAUGAAUCACUUUAUAAAUAAUUUCAAGAAUAACAUAAAUAUAGAUCAUAUUCCUAGGACAACUAUAACCGAUACAAAUACUACUGAUAGUACUACUACUACUACUACUACUACUACUACUAACAAUACUGAUCAUGAUAUAAACAUUAAUCCUGUAACUAUUGAUAAUUUGAAUAAUGAAUUAAUCCAUUCAAAUUUAGAACAUAAUCAAUUAAAUUAUUCAAAUAUAGAAAUUAUGAAUGUAAUAAAUCAAUUAUUAAUAUCAUCAAUUAAAAAUGAUAAUCAUAUAAUUAACAAUGAAAUGAUACAUACUACUACUACUAAUAAUAAUAAUGAUCUAAAUUGUUUAAAUCAAUUACUUAUUAUUCCAAUACCUAUACCAAUAUUUAAAAUGGCACCAAAUUUAUUAAAUAUUUUACAUCACUAUGGUUAUCAUUCAAUGAAUUCAUGUAAAUAUAAUAAUAAUAAUAAACAAUUGAAUAAUAAAGAUGCAAUGACUCAAACAAUAAAUUUAAACAAAAUUAAUAAUGAAUAUAAACAAACUAAUGAAUUUAAUAAAACAGAAUUAAUUCAUUAUUUAAAUAAAAACAAUGAAAAAGCAUUAGAUUUAAGUUCAACAAAUGUAAAAAAAGCUCCUUAUUUAAAUAAACAAUGUUUUAAACAAUUAAAACAACAAUCUUUUAAUUAUAAAUUUCAAAAUAAAAAAAAAUUAUAUUCUAAUAAAAAAUUAUCAAAACAAAUAUAUUUUUCUGGUAUAUAUAAAUUAAUUCAUCCUAUAACAAAACAUUGUUAUACAGUUAAAAUUAUACCAAUUAAACGAUAGUUAAUUAUAUAAUAAUAAUGAAUAUGUAAAUAUAUUUGUAUAUUUUGAAAUUUAAAAACAAAACAAGAACUAAUGAACAAUAGUUCAAUGUUCAAUAUAUUACUUUCGGAUCGUUUAAAGAUGUUCAUCAUAUUAAAAGAUUAAUAUUUGGAUGGAAAAAAUAAUUCUUUUGACAUAUUCUCUUCAGGUUCUACAAUUCUAUAUUCAAGUUAAUAAUCUGAAAAAAAUGAUCAAGUUAGGAGUAAAGUAUAUGUAACCCAUAUUUGUUCUGAUCAUGGAUCUUAAAUUUUCACUUAACAUAUAUACAGAUUCAAAUUAACAAUCUAUAUGAGUUAUAUCAACAUUACCAACUUUAUAUAAGAACUUUCGUCUAAAU